CCUGUUCUGUGAUACUGAUUUUUCUGUUUGCUUUUGGUAAUUAGCAUUGUACCUUUCCUUGUAACGCUUGGUUAUUGAAUAUUCUUAAAAUUCUUAAAUUCUGUCUUCUGGGUUUCUCUCUUGAAGAAAUUAUCUCCACUGAAGUACUAAGCUAUAAGCCAUGAGAAGAAUUUUAAUCUGCGCUAACGGUUCGCAACUGUUCAGAAUUGCUAAAUUUUUGUUCUGCAGUAGGGCUCUGACAAGUUUUCUCUCUGUUUAAAGAUACACUAAAUAAAUUAUUGUAGGAGUGAAUAAUGAAGUGGAAAGUGGAGUAGUUGUAUUUUCUAGGUUUUCAGUUCAGGUUUUUUUCUGAGAACUUUAUUACACAUUACUGUUAUGUAAUUAUAUUCCGUUAAACUGGUUAGCUGGAAGCAUGCAAAUCUCAGUGGUAGACUAUUCUGUAUGGAUAAAUCUGGGUUGUAUUAAAAUAGUCUACAGUGCUGGAAAACUGGGAAAGGGAUCCUUGUAAAGCUUUAGAUCCCUGUACAAGGCACCAGUAGUGCCUUGGUGGAUUUGCUCUUUGUAAGGGUAUUGUACAUGCUUAAACUCAUUGUUUGAGUCCUGCCAAGAAUGAUUGUCAUUAGCUAACCGGUCCACUCCCUAAGUUACUGGUCCUUGUUCUGGCUCGGAUCCCGUUACAAGGCUGAAGGAGGAGCACGGUGACUCACUCAGCCUCCUCAUGCCAACCCAUUGUUUAUGCCUGUGAGGAACAAUGUGGAUGCAGCCUCCUGCUCCCAUUCAGCAGGAGCUGCUGGGAAGGGGAGUGAGAUCCUGGAUCAUUUCUUUCAUGCCGACGAUCUCAUUAGUGCUCAGAGCUUGGAGUCUCUUUCUUUUUUGGGCAGGAGGGACUGGCUUGUGGCUGUGGGGAGGUUAACCAGAGCACGGUGGUGCCAGGGGGCUCUGGAGUAGGUCAGCUGGAUCAGCAGGGCUGGAGGCACCUUCCAGCAGGUCCUUGUGCACCCUCAUUAUCUGAAGCUUUAGGAUUUUUUAGGAGUUUUUUCCCUGGCAGCUAUAAAGCCCUGGCCAAUUGUAUGUGGAGAAAAUCAAGUUCACAGCAUCCUGGUUAGUUAGAAAGUGUAACACAGGGUGCAGGGGCUCACCUUGCUCAAGUGUCUCCUCUGCUGUUCCUCCUGCUUGCCAGUGGUCUCCCUGUAUCCCAGCAGGAUGCCAGCUUUCCUGCAAGUGGCUGAGCUCUGUUUCAGUGCUGGACCCUCUCUGCCCUCUGGGGAUGGUGCUGGGUUUGACUUGGUGGUGCUGACGGAGCCCUCGGAGAUUUGUCACCAGAGCACAGGAUGAGGCUCCCUUGUGGGUGCACUCAGCAUCUCCCUUGCUUCCUCAAACCCUGCUUCCCCUCUCCUGGAUUUGUUCAUCUUGUCCUAAUUAAAAGAAACUGAGCAGGGCUAUGGGGGUGGCUGCAGUCUCUCAUGAAGUACAGGGUUUGGGGUUUUUUUAAAGCUUGGUUAAAGAGCUCUGCAUAAUCCAGAGGAGGUGACAUGAUGUGAAUUUUGUGGGAAGUACAAUGGAAGCUCAAAGGCAUCACUUUAUGAAUGUGUAGAACAGCAUAAAGAUUCAUCCCCUUUCUAUGGGCUGAUUGAUUUCUUUGAAUCUUACAAAAUUUCAUAUCUAGGAUUUAAUUCUUGCAUGGUUUUCUAGGAGUUCCUCAGAGGUCUAGGGGAACAAUCAUUGUCUUCUGAAACAUAAGAGUACUUCUGUUAAAAAGCUUAUCUCCUUCUUAGUGGGAAUUUUAUUCAAAGUCACAGAGCAUUCGUAAGCCACUGGUGUGUGCCUCAGAGGUGGGAUUGGAUUAUCCUUCAAACAUGCCAGAGGGUGUCUCUUCUCUCCUGCUAAAUCUAGAAAUGAGCCCUGAAGAGGGGUGUUACGGUGGAAGGUGUCUAACAUUACAUAAUUAGGGACAACAAUGCCAAGGAGAGCUGCCUGAAACUUUAUAGUAGCUUUGCAGGUAUUAGCUAAAUGCACCUUCACAACUUCUCCUGAAACAAAUCAGUUAUAACUUGGUGACUUUCCACUGUCCAGGGAAGCACAGAUGGACCUGGACAGUGUGCCUGGAAAAGGGACCUAAGUAUUACAUGAGGGACCAAACAGGUAACCAGAACAUGUGACUGGAGUUGUCAUUUGGAGUGGACCAGAGGCCCCUGAAGCUGUGCUUUGGAGGUGGUGUGGUGACCCUGCAGCUGACAGGGCUUUCUAUUUUAUCAGAAAGAGUCUGCCCACAAUGGCAGUGACCUUUGCAACCCCACCCAUGGCUCCGCUCAGAUCUGACUCACAGGGAAAGCUGCUCCUGCCCUGCUGCUUCCUGAGUCCUGGGAAAGGCUCUGGUGUGAGCAAGGGUUGAACUGGAAUAGCCAAGGGGUCGUUUUACAAGAGGGACUGCUCAGGAGCAAGUGCAGUUUUAUAGGGAAAGUUUCACAUCCGUUUGGGUGGUGACAGUUCAAGGUUGGCCCAGAGAAAAUGGAGCAGUUUAUCCUCCUGGGACACACUUUGUGCCUCCAGCUUUGCUCCUGGUUGGCAUCAGGGCAGGAUAUGUGCAGAGGUGGACUUACUGGUCUUGAUGGGUCCCUUCCAGCUCAGCCUGUUCUCUGAUUCUAUGAUUUCCUCACUGUUGCUGCCUUAAAUGUGAAGGGCAGGAACUGGCAGCGUGAAUAACUUUGUUUAAAAAUCUUUCCUGCUGAAUAGAGGAGGAAGGGAAAAUCAGCACCACUGAUAACCAGUUUGUUCCUCAUGAAAUCACCAUGUAAACCUUAAAACCUUCCCAUCAGCUGUGUGGGGACAGGACAGGCAGCUGGGCCUUGGGGCACGUUGUGCUGAAUAACAGGGAAAAGCUACUCACAGCUUCUGUCCUGCUUUUUCCAUCCACACAUCACCCUGUAGUAACAUUACCCUGGGUGCUUUGUGACAGUGUGGGGUGAGGAGGACAAGGGGAGGAUCUGGGAGGUGAAGCAAGCACACAGAGCCCUGGAGAGCUGCAGAGUGUGUCAGUCGUGUGAAGUUCUCCAUAAUGACUAAAUCAGCCCGGAAGGUUUUCUGGUUUUAAAAAAGUUCUCCUGCUUGUUAAGCUGUGAGUAAAUUCGAGUCCAAACAGCAGACUGAAAGGGUUCCUAUGAGCUAAAAAAGCAGAAAAUAGAACAGGUUUUGUAUGUGAGUCAGUCUCACUGCAGAGUGCCCUGCAGAAAGAGAAGUAGGAAAUGCUCAGCAGGAAUAGGAAGUACACCAGUAAGGCAGUAAUAGGCUUGUAUUUUUAAAUAUUUAAAUAAACUCUUCAUACAGAAGUGGUGCAAUCUCACAAGGGGCCGAGGGCUCCUGCGGAAGGCUGGUCUGCAGCUGAACAUGCCUGUGGUUAAACCUGCCCUCCUGUGCAGAGCUGGGAGUUACAACAUCUCUCCAAACCAACCUGUGUGUCAAAAAGGGGCAAGGAAUGCUGAGGCAUUUACAAUUUUCCUGACAAAAACCAUCAAAGCCAGCCUGCUCUUGAACUUGAGGGCUGUAUCAAGGAGGGCAGAGCUGCUGGGAGGGCCAGUGGUGCAGUAAAGACCUUGGGAAGUUAAUUGAGCAGAGAGUCUGACCUGAGAGCCAGUUUGAUUUACAAGCAGCAGUAAAGCAUUGAUCUUCAACUGAACUGCAUCUGGAAUGAUCUGCUGCUUUACAGCUUCAUUUUUACACCUUCAUGUUAAAAUUAUUUGUGGUGUAUUACACUGAAAUGUAACUUACGACAACUCUAUCAAGAAGCCUGGAAAAAACUGAAGAUAAGGUGAUAAGGUAGCAAAGAAAAUCCUUUGCCCUUAGCACUUGUACACAGGGAGUUCUUUACAGUGUUCCUGAGGUGUGAUUUAUGAGGGAGCUUUCAGGUGAGGGUUGAUGCUGGGGUCAUGGAACUGCUGUCCUCUGUUUCAGUGGGAAAGAAGCAAUUGAUAGUGUUCACACCAACUCAGCCUUUACCAGGCCUGUAAUUGAUGUAGUGUUUUGACAGAGAUGUUGCAGGUGAUUUUAUACUUGCAUGAAGAAAAUGCUAUGAAUUAUGGGGUUUUAUCCUCCCCAGAGCCUAUGAGGGCCUUAUCCAAAACCCAUUAAAUUCUUUGCACUGACAUAAUGGGAUCUUCAGGGAUCCUUACAGCAUUAAGUCUGUGGUUUGUUUGUUUUUCACUGCUCUGAUCAAUAAUGGGGCUGUCAGGGCUGUGCUUGCAGAAGGCAGUGAGCUGGGAGGAACUGUUUGUAUUGCAGAUAGAGGGGAGAGAUGGAUUUUAUACCAUUCAACUCCCAAUCUGCUAUAUAAAAUCAUAGAAUCAUGGAAUUUUUAAGGCUGGAAAAAACCUUUGAGGUCACUAAUUCCAACUGUUCCCCUAGCACUGCCAAGCCCACCAUUAAACUGUGUCCCCAAGUGCCACAUCCACACAGCUUUUAAACCCCCCCAGGGAUAGUGACUCAACCAUGGAGUCUGUCUCUUAAUAGGUUCUGUUUCAGAUUUUACAUCAAGUCAGGCUGAUAUUUAAUUCCUUCCCUUAAUCCAAGUCAGUGUGCUCAUUAGUGGGUCAGCAAUUGCUUAUUUGCAUGAUUAUGUAUCACCACAGCAGCAGCUCUUUUAUGUAAGCUGCUGAUAUUUUCACAACAGAAGUGUCUCCAUGUCUUUUAAUUUGUGCCUUGCCCUCACUUUAGGAGCGCUAUUUAAAAAGGCUUUAAGUUUUAGGAAAGGCUCUCACCCUUCCAAAAGCCCUUGUGCAGUCAGAGGGACUCUGGGAGUCAGGAGUUCGUGUUGCUGGCAGCACUUGAGGUCUGUCGUGGAGAUGCACAGUGGGAAACCUGGGGCUGAUCCUCUCUGUUUUGGCUCUCCCUCUCCAGUUGGAGAGAGCAGCAGAUCCCUGGUGAGCUUCAGGAACGUCUCAUCUGCAAAGACAAGCCCCGUUAGAGUCACCCAGGGGUGAGGGAAGGGGUCAGUGUGCCACAGCAAGAGUGGGAGGAAGGAGGUGAGGGGGGAAGGAGCUGGGACCUGGGGCUCGGAGCUGGAGGAGCAGCUUCAUUUCCUCCCUGAUAAUCAGUGUGUGGCUCCCAGGCAUAAAGGUUGGCAUUUCAGAUGCUGCUGGGGAAAAAACUCAGUCCCAGGCUGUCCCCAGCUCCUCUCUGUGCAUAGCUGAAAAUCAUGGAAAAAUAACGAACCAAAGCAGUGACUCAAACAAGAAGUCUGGAUAAAUUUAGCUCAAAUAUUCUUGGUAUGUUUGUGGUCACUGUGGAAAUUGCAUCACUUCUUGUUUUAAUGAUCAAAAUAUUGCUUGGAAAACUGGCAUGGCUACCUGAGAAGAGCUCAAAAUGAAAUCCUUUAAAAGCAAGCAUGUCUUUGGAAUUGCUUCACCUGCAGUUAAUUGGUUUUGGGGGUUGUUUGUUUUAUUCUUGUCUUGGUUAAGGAGUUUUUGGACUGGAGGUUAUUGCUGCUUAAUUGAAAAGCCACAAGGUUUGGGGCUGAUGCACUCUGCAACGUGCUUAUCUACUUCAUAUAAAAGUUCUGUCUGGGGAGUAGGAUUCAAAAAGAGUGCUGGUAAUUGCUGAAGACAAGACCUCCUCCAGAAUCUGCCUGCACGUCUUUCUGUCUUUCACAUCAAAGAGCCUUUGAAAAUGCUUUUAUUUUUGCAUCAAACAGAACUUUUUUUUUUUUUUUUACAAUACUAAUGGACAGGAUCCCUUUUCAGAUCUCAUACAUAACCUGAAAAACAAAAAGCUUGGCUCCUUAAGUGAGCUUGUAAUCCUGGUCGUAAUUCUCCCAUGUUUUGCACCUUGGACCUUUCUCACAGUGGCAGGGUGGGAAUAAAAGCUGCCAAAUCAAAGCCAUUUGCAUGGAUAGGACCAGGUUCUUGCAUGGAAUGGAUCAGACUUUGUCCAGGGUUGGUGGGAAGGGGAUGAACUGUGCCCUUCCUCAUUUUGCUGCCUCUGCCUUGGAGCAGACAUCCAAAAAAGCUGUGAGCUGCAGCAGGGUCACAGCGUGGACACUGGAGCUUCCCAGGCAGAGUCCUUGUCCUUCCUUCACUGAAAUGGGUGCUGAUAUUCCCAGGAAGACAAAAUACCUCCCAGCAAAAGCAGGCACUUCUGCCCCUUGUAGGUUUUGUCACAAGUAGGGGAAGGUUUUAUGGUUUUUUUGGUAGCCCCAUUAAAGCUUUGGUGGCUGUCUGGGCCAACAGCAGAGGCCUUUCCAUCCGGUUUCUCUUCUGCUGCAGCUGCAGCUCUUCAGGUGAUCCUCCCUCUGAGCCAGUCUGUCCUGGAAGCCAGGAUCUUCUCUGACUCCUGUGGGAGAACAGUCAGAAGUGGGGAGUGCUCACACUGAGUUCAGUAGAAGCUGGAGUGAAGCCCCACUUCCUUCACUCUUUUGUUUAGAUUUUUUGUUUUCUUUUCCAGACUAACCUAUCCAUCCCUUUUCUUCUGGAGCUCUUCCCAGCUCUACACUUCCCUUGGCUCUGCUGUUGCCAAAUUGUCCCUUCAAGUCUCUUCAUGCCAACCAUAUCCAAUAUCUUGAUAGCAUUUUCUUUUUCUCUGCAUGCAACACUUAAACUGAUCCAGAGUGGUUGUCUUAGUGAUAAAUGAGAAGUGAGGGUAGCAGGCAGUAUUUUGUUAGUCAAGCAGGCACAGUAAAGAAGCUCAUUGAACUGUGUCUAACAUGUGCUAAGCUUGGAUUUUGCUGCGUGGGAUGUUUGCCCCCUCAAAUCUCUUGAAAGGCGUCUUCCUUUGGCUGUGUCUCCUGAACAUAUCAGGUUUUUUUAAUAAAAAAUAUUCUCUCAUUCUCCAAACUUUAGUCAAAGUAGCUGGAAGGAAUGUGUGGGUCAGUGUCCUGGUGUCACACUCCUACACCUGCUGUCUUUCUGGAGAGACAGAUUUUGGCUGCAUUUGUGCUCUUAUUUUUGACCAGCAGUGGGGUUGCAGUGCUGUAAAUGGGUUUUCCAUUGAGGAAGGUGUUUACAUGUGUUAUUGAAGUGAAACACAAGCUUAGGAGCUGCUUUUCCCAACUCAGAGAGUGUGUGGGAUCGCUGGAUGUGUCUUUGGUGGAGCUGGUAGAAGAUUUAUGCUAGGAAGAGACCUGAGCAGAGACCUUGGGCCAUUUUCCCCUCACUCACACACAGCAAGCCUCUCACAGCUGGGGCUAAAAGUAUUUGCUUCUUCUAAAGCAAGUUUUAAAUAUGUGUCUCAGCAGCAGAAUUGGGCUGACUAUGAGGUGGUGCUUCCCCAAGGUGAAUAAUUAAUGUUUUAAUUUUUUUAGAAGAAGAAUUUUGAGCAAAUUAUUUCUCUGAAAGAGAGAAAACAUUGGUGUGUGGGAUUUUUUCCCUUCUGAUGAAAGCUUAGGGAAAAGGAGAAGGUUCAGAAGAAAGUUAGCCAUGAAAUUUUAUUUUGUGAAGUUCCAGAUGAAAUCCAAUCUUGGUUUGGUUUCAUGGCUAUAAUAUUUGAUUUAGUUGGACAGGAAUGGUCUCACUGGAGACACCUUUCAUCAUUUAACAAUCCUCCAUUUCCAGCCGUGCCUGGAAAUGAACACAAAUAAAAUCCAAAAGUGUUGUCAUGCUUCUGCAUGCUUAAUGUAUAUCUUCCAAUUUAACAUUUGGAAAGCAAGAGUGGCAUAGCUGGCCUUGCCUGCAGAAGCACAUUUCUGAAUGAUUCAAGCUGUAGGAUGGGAACCAAAUCACUGAGGCCAAAAGACAAAAAUAGAAACUUUCACUCCAGAGCUGAGUCAUUUGUAUUUUCAAUACAGCAACUCUCUGGCCAUUUGGAGCUCUCAAUAGCUUCUCUUUGGGGGUAGAAGUACCAGCAUCACUGUUCUCUUAGGGCUUUGCUGAUCCUUUGCACCCCAAAGAGGGCAUUGGUGGAGGGUUGGGGGUAUUCCCACUCUCUGUGAGAGCCAGUUUUUGCCCUGUGCUUGCUGGAGGACAUCCCUGCCCAGAGGGAAUCCUGCUUCUCUCUCACCAGGUACAGCCCAGAGCAGUGGAAGUGGAACUGCUCGUCACAACCAACCAGUGGGGACCAUCCUGUCCUCUUGCUGAGGAGAGGCAUGUCCCAACCCCUUGUUCCUUUCCCAUGGAUAGCUGCAGGUGUCUUUAGUGACCCUGGAUCUGUUUUGCACUUUCCAGCCUGCUUUGCACAGUGCCAUGAGGGUUUGUUCUGACACUCAUAUUCCGAUGUAAUUCUUUGUGCUGUCUCUGACCCCACUGCAUUGUAAUGCCUUUGUGCAGCCUCUUUUGUAUUCAGCAAAGAAUAACCAGCUCAGUUCCAUUUUAACUUCUUGGACAACACAAUUCCCAGAGUCCCGGGAAUUUGGGAGGUGCACACACAAAUGCAGGAGCCUGCCCAGCUCUGGCAGUGCUGGCACUGCCCAGAUACUGCUGUUACCAGGAUUUGAGGCUUUUCUGUUCCCCCUUCUCUCGUUAUCCUGGAUGAUGAAGAAAUGAUUGUGUAAGUGUGGAGCUAAAGCCUUUGGAGGCGUCUGUUUCUCAUAACUCUGUCCUGGAGCCCAGAGAAAAGGCAGCAAUCCAGAGCAUUUUUCCACCCGGGACUUAAUAUUUUCCUUUCAAACUUGCAUUAGCAAAUGCUUUUUUCCUUGCAGGUUAUAAGUGUUAUAAAUAGAAAAUUUCCAGUGAUUCUGGUGAUAAUUGUUCACUUUACACAACUGUACCUAAAAUUGUCAGCGUGUCCUGGGUGCUUGCUGGAAGAUGUUCAGUGCAGAUCAGCGCAAUGCGUGUGUGGUGCUGGCAUGUAAACAACUUCAAAAUGCUUCCACAAUCUGCAGUAAUAGUGAAAAGGAUCCCUUCAGCACUGGAUUUUUGCCUUUGAAGCAUUCCUUGGUGUUUCAUAUCUGGUUUCUUUUGGGGUUUUAAGUCUCCUUUUGGGGCAGUGAGCAUUGAUUGUGAGCUCUGUUGUAGAUGUGGGUGGCUUUUGUGCUCAGCACAUCAUCUUUUCCAGUGCCUUUGGCAGGCAGAGCUCAGUGCAGAGCUUAGUGCAGAGCCACUCCUUUAAUUAGCUGAAAUAAUGGAUGUUUGGGGGAAAUGGAACCACAGGAAAUAGGCAGAAAAGAGUGUGUGGAGGGCUCCCACUGUCCUGGGAAGCUGGCACAUCCCAGUUGUUGUGGGAAAUAAUUAGGGUCAGAGGGGCCAUGACCCAGUUCUGGCACAGGCUCUCCAGUGAGGAUUUGGAACAUCCCAGAUAAACCACCUUGUUCUCAGUGUCUUCUCACAGGGGGAUUUAUUGGUAGUUCCGGCCACUUUUGAAUCCUGAGAGGAACAUUUUAAAGCAGAACUGGUUGAGCCACAGGUAUUUCACCUAAAUCUGAGAAAAGGCAAAGCAGAUCACUGGCUUCUUGCUGCAGGAUGGUUUUGAGGCAGCUUCUGGCAAUGUGGGCGGGUGGGGGGCACAAGAGAUCUUCGUCUGUAGCUUUAUCUUCUAAGAAAUGAAUAAACAAAAUAUUUUAACUUUUUUUUUUAAAAAUGAAACCUUGAAGUGUCAGCUAGUUAGAGAAGGAGCACAAAAGAUACCUUUGCUUCAUAAAGCAUUUUUACUCACUAGGGCUGAGUGAAAAAUGUAUUUAUUUUUUAUUGAAGAACCCAGGGUUUUCUUCCUUGUUUGGGAUGGGAUUUUUCAGUAUCUCAAAAAAUUUCCAGAGGACUUAAAAUUUUUUCUUACCCAUCUAAUUGGAAAGUGCAAUGUAGGGCAGAUCCAUCAUCCUUUGAAAUCACUGGAGGCUUCCUGUUGGCUGCUGCUCAGUUUGUUAGCCUGAAGUUUUCCAAAGCAGCACAAGAUGCAUGAAUCUGUUGCAGAGACUCAGAAAUAACAUGGCUUUCCAUUAAUUUUGCAAACCAGCUGGGCAGAGCUUUUGUGGAGUAGUAUUGAAAAGUGUUCAGUGACACUGGAGGGUUUCGGAGUGUUUGGAGGUGCUGGCUUUAACUAUUCUGCACAUCUUCACCCUCAUCCCUGUCCUGUUUUUUAUCUGUGCAGUGGCAGCACUCAGAAGUCAAAAUGGCAAAAGAUUAAGGUGGUGAGGGUUAGCUGCAGCCAUCUGGUGCUGUUGAGGAAUUAAUGUCUGAGCUCAGCCUCCCUGCCCACCCCCAUCCCCACAUCCUCUGCACCAGAGGCUUGGAUUUCGCUGUAAUGGGACAGGGAGAUGAAAAUAUCUGUCAAGGCUAAACUGUGGUAGUUAAUUCAGACAAAGGAGCAGCCUGCCAGCCGUUCCAUCCAGUGGCCGCUGCAGGAGCUGCUGGUGCUGGAGCAGAGGUGGGUGGUUAUCAGUCCCAGGAAUUAACAGCUGAAUUGGGCAUCGCUGGGGGGGAUGCUGUGUUAAAGCAUCAGCUUGAUUUGCUCCCGGCUCUGGAAAUACCUGCACACAUUAUGACAAGGAACUGUGGACAUGGGUGGCAAACAGUCCACAAGUGGCGACGUCUCUGUCACCCAGACCCCUGUGACAGAAAGCAUCCAGGAUGCCUACAAAGCUGGGGACACCAGCAAGGCCCAAGAGUUGAUUAGGUUGUCCUGUGAGGAGACUGCACUGCAAGUGGAAAAGUGUCAGCUUUUAGGCAUUGCAGCAGCAUAUGGGGAUCUGCAGGCAGUGAGGUACCUGCUGAAGGAGGCGUUGGUGGUGUUACCAACAGAGCCCAACGAUGACAAUGCAGCGGUGGUGGCUGCGUAUUUUGGGCACAAGGACAUCGUGAAAGAGCUGCUGGAUUCCCUGCGUGGUCCUAAUACUUGCCAGCAGCUCCUGAACUGGAUGCUGGCCAUAGCCUGCCAGCAGGGCCAUUUGGACAUUGUCAAGCUCCUGAUCCGUGCCUACAGUGCUGACCCAGAGAGCUGUGCAGUCAGGAGGAACGAAUUCCCCGUCCUCAUCCGCCUGCCCCUCUACGCUGCUAUAAAGGCAGGGAAUGAAGAUGUAGCCGUGUUUUUGUUGCGGAAUGGAGCUUUCUUUUGUUCCUACAUCCUGAUGGACAGUCCUGAAUCCAGCAAACACCUUCUGAGGAAGUAUUUCAUUGAGACAACCCCACUACCAGGUAGUGCUCCAGCAAAAACAGCUUUGUGUGUGAACUGGUCAAACCUCAAACUGCCCUGGGUGGAUCUAGACUGGCUGAUCGAUAUCUCCUGUCAGAUCACUGAGCUUGAUCUCUCUGCCAACUGCCUGGUGUCCCUCCCCUCCGUGAUCCCAUGGGGGCUGAUCAACCUGAGGAAGCUCAGCCUGGCUGACAACCAGCUGACAGAGUUACCCAGUGUGCAGUCCUCUGAUGAGAUCAUUUGUACAAGGUUACUCGAGGUCGAUGUAUCCAGCAACAGGCUCUCUACUCUCCCUACUGGAUUCCUACAUCUUAAAAACCUUAAAAAACUCAUUGCUUCCAAAAACUAUAUGGAGAAGUUGUUUGACGAGGAAAACACAACAAAUUGGAUUGGUUUAAGGAAGCUGCAGGAGUUUGACGUCUCUGACAACAGGUUGGUGGAACUUCCAACGGUUUUUCUAUACUGCUUCAAGUCCCUAAACAUACUGAAUGUUUCCAGAAAUCAGCUGAAAGUGUUUCCAGACCCCUGGGCCUGCCCCCUGAAAUGUUGUAAAGCAUCUAGAAAUGCACUGGAAUUCCUACCUGAUGCAUUGACUGUGUUCUGGAAAAAUCACCUGAGAGAAGUGGAUUUUUCUGAGAAUUCACUGAAAGAAGUUCCAGCAGGAAUCUUCCAGCUUGAAGCUUUGGUGUCCCUGAAGCUGCUGGGAAAUCAGUUAGUUACGUUGCCUUCGCAGGAUAAGUGGAAUUGCAAACAACUUAAGUCGCUGGAUCUUUCAAAAAACCAGCUUGGGAAGAGCGAUGAGGGGUUUAAAACGAAGAAGAUCCCCUUUUUCACCACGAAGAACAGGGUGCGUGGUGGCCCUGAGCCAGGUCCUUUUUUGGAGUUUCCAGCAUUUCUGAGCGAUUCUCUGGAGGUUCUUUAUCUGAACGACAAUCAGCUGGACUCUGUCCCGCAGUCCGUUUGCCUCCUGAAAGGUUUAACAGAACUUUAUUUAGGAAAUAACCCUGGUAUCCGAGAGCUUCCUCCAGAACUUGGACAGCUGGCUAAUCUCUGGCAGCUGGAUAUCGAGGAACUAAAUAUCAGUAACGUUCCUGCAGAGAUCAGAAAAGAGGGCCCCAAGACGGUGCUGGCGUAUUUACGAGCGCAGCUGCGGCGGGCAGAGAAGUGCAAGCUGAUGAAGAUGAUUGUCAUCGGCCCCCCCCGGCAGGGCAAGUCCACGCUGGUGGAGAUCCUGCAGACAGGGAAGGUGCCCCAGAUGAUGCACAGCGAGGCCACCAUCCGCACAACCAAAUGGGAGCUGCCCAAGCCCGUGGGGCACAAGGCGAAGGUUGAUUCAGUGGAGUUCAAUGUCUGGGAUAUCGGAGGCCCAGCGAGCAUGUCUACAGUCAAUCAGUGUUUCUUCACAGACAAAGCAUUGUACAUAGUGGUCUGGAACUUGGCACUGGGGGAAGAAGCUGUGGCAAACUUACAGUUCUGGUUGCUGAACAUUGAGGCCAAGGCUCCAAACUCAGUGGUGUUGGUGGUAGGAACACACCUUGAUUUGAUUGAGACGAAGUUCCGUGUGGAGAGGAUAGCGACCCUGAGAGCCUAUGUCCUGGCUCUGUGUCGCUCUCCCUCUGGAUCCAGAGCAACUGGCUUCCCAGACAUCACCUUCAAGCACCUGCAUGAGCUCUCGUGUAAGACUCUGGAAGGCCUCGAGGGACUGCGGCAGCUGAUUUUUCACGUCACCUGCAACAUGAAGGAUGUUGGCAGCUCAAUUUGCUCCCAGAAACUUGCAGGGAGAUUGAUACCAAGGAGUUACCUCAGCCUCCAAGAAGCUGUCCUUGCAGAACAGCAUAGAAGAAGUCAAAAUGAUGAUGUGCAGUAUUUAACAGACAGACAAAUAGAGCUGAUGAUCGAGCAAACACCUGGAAAUGACAUCAAAGACUACGAAGACUUACAAACUGCCAUUAAUUUUCUCAUAGAAACAGGGACACUACUGCACUUCCCAGACACGAGCCACGGCCUGAGGAACCUCUACUUCCUUGACCCUGUGUGGCUCUCAGAGUGUCUACAGAGGAUUUUCAACAUCAAGAGCUCCAAGUCUGUAGCUAAGAAUGGAGUCAUCAGAGCAGAGGACCUCAGGAUGCUGCUGGUUGGGACGGGCUUCACCGAGCAGACCGAAGAGCAGUACUUCCAGUUCUUGGCCAAGUUUGAGAUCGCCCUGCCUGUGGCCAAUAACAGCUACCUCCUCCCUCAUCUGCUUCCUACCAAGCCGGCGUUAGAUAUCCACGGGCUCUGCCACCAGACCGCAAACACGGUCCAGAGGGUCUUCAAGAUGAGUUUUGUCCCCGUUGGCUUCUGGCAAAGGUUCAUAGCCCGGAUGUUAAUUAGCCUGGCAGAGAUGGACCUCCAGCUCUUUGAAAACAAGAAGAACACCAAGACGAGAAACAAAAAGGUGACCAUCUACAGCUUCACAGGCACCCAAAGGAACCGCUGCAGCACGUUCCGAGUCAAAAGGACUCACACGGUUUACUGGCAGGAAGGUCUGUUCGUUACCUUUGAUGGAGGCUAUCUUAGUGUCGAGUCUUCUGAUGUGAACUGGAAAAAGAAAAAAAGUGGUGGAAUUAAAAUAAUUUCCCAGUCAGAAGUGAGAGACUUUUCAGCCAUGGCAUUCAUCACAGAUCACGUCAACUCUUUGAUAGACCAGUGGUUCCCUGCCCUCACAGCCACGGAGAGCGAUGGCACGUUGCUGAUGGAGCAGUAUGUGCCCUGCCACAUCUGUGCAGCUGCCAGGCCGGAGCAGCGCGAGGGCGGCGAGAGGGCGGAGGACACGCAGUACUUCAACAUGGAGGAUUGCGUCCUGACCGCCAUCGAGCUGGACUACAUCACGUGUCCUAACCACCCUGACAUCCCCGUGUCGCUCCAAGAGCUGGUCCCGGAGCUUUUCAUGACUGAUUUUCCUGCCAGACUGUUCCUGGAAAAUAGCAAACUGGAAUGCAGUGAAAAUGAAAACAACGUUCUUGGCCAGGGUGGAAGUGGAACUGUUAUAUAUCGGGCACGAUACCAAGGAAAACCAGUGGCUGUGAAGAGAUUUCAGAUUAAAAAAUGCAAGGGUUCUCCUACUUCAGCUGCAGAUACCAUGCUGAAGCACCUGCGGGCCAUGGAUGCCAUGAAGAACUUCUCGGAGUUCCGUCAGGAAGCCAGCAUGCUGCACUCCCUGCAGCACCCCUGCAUCGUGUCCCUCAUCGGCAUCAGCAUCCACCCGCUCUGCUUCGCCCUGGAGCUGGCCCCGCUGGGCAGCCUCACCACCGUCCUGGCUGAGAACUCCAAAGGGUCCUCCUUUGUGCCGCUGGGACACAUGCUGACGCACAAAAUAGCCUACCAGAUCGCCACAGGCCUGGCCUACCUGCACAAGAAGAACAUCAUCUUCUGCGACCUCAAGUCGGACAAUAUCCUGGUGUGGUCCCUGGAUGUCAGGGAGCACAUCAACAUCAAGCUCUCCGACUAUGGCAUCUCGCGGCAGUCGUUCCACGAGGGCGCGCUGGGCGUGGAGGGCACGCCGGGCUACCAGGCCCCCGAGAUCCGGCCCCGCAUCGUCUACGACGAGAAGGUGGACAUGUUCUCCUAUGGGAUGGUUCUGUACGAGCUGCUGUCCGGGCAGCGGCCUGUGCUGGGACACCACCAGCUCCAGAUUGCAAAGAAACUGUCCAAAGGGAUCCGGCCUGUCCUGGGGCAGCCUGAGGAGGUGCAGCUCUACAGGAUGCAGGCGCUCAUGAUGGAGUGUUGGGACACUAAGCCAGAGAAGCGUCCCCUGGCCAUCUCUGUGGUGGGGCAGAUGAAAGAUCCAACCUUUGCAACGUUUAUGUACCUGCUGCCCUGUGGGAAGCAGUCUUCCUUCUUCUGCUCCCUGGGGCAGGAGUACACCGUGGUGUUCUGGGAUGGGAAGGAGGACACCAGGAACUACACGGUGGUGAACCUGGAGAAAGGAGUCAUGGAAGUGCAGAGGAUGAGCUGCCCAGGAAUGAAGCUGUGCUGCCAACUCAAAUUUCAGAAUGCCCUGUGGGCAGCCACAGAGGACCAGAAGAUUUCUGUGUAUGGAUUGCAGGGCAUGUGUCCCUUAAAGGCUCCACUGAAGGGUUUAGACACUCCUGCCACUGUGAGCUGCUUCCUGGUGAUACCUCUUGUGAAAAGGAACUCAUAUGUGGUGCUGGCUGGCUUGUCAGAUGGACUGGUAGCCGUGUUUUCAGUGUCCCAGGGCCUGCCAGGGGACAACUGCUCCUACCUGUGCUCCCACACAGCAAACAGGUCCAAAUUCAACAUCCCCGACAGCGACCCGCGGCAGAACCCGUACCCGGUGAGGGCCAUGGAGGUCACCAACAGCGGGGCCGAGGUGUGGUACAGCAACGGCCCCGGGCUGCUCGUCAUCGACUGUGCCUCCAUGAAGAUCAGCAGGAGGCUGGAGCCCUUCAGCCCGCCCUCCGUCAUCACAUCCAUCGCCUGCAACUCCGAGUGCCACGGCGAGGAGGUGGUCUGGUGUCUGGAUGACAAAAGCAACUUCCUGGUGAUGUACCACGCCACCAGCUACCAGCUCUGUGCACGCUACUUCUGCGGGGACUGCAGCCCCCUCAGAGACAUGUUCACCAUCCAGCAGCCCUCGGCUGCCAUCCCGGCCACGGCCCCCAUCAGCCACGGGGUGAUGGAGAACAACCCUCCGGGGGACAUGAGCAUCGUGUACAGCCCAGAUGUGGGCACCCAGAUCCUGAACCACCAGGACUCGCUCACAGAUUACUGCUCUGUGUCUUCCUACUCCUCCUCGCCUCCCAACGCGGUGACCCGCUGCCCCUCCAGCCUGCCCAGCUCGCCCAUGAGCUCUUCCAGUGCACCCUUCUCCACGGAUUUUGAGGAGUCUGAGAAAUUCCAUGAACUGAAGGCUUCCCUGGAUCACGAUGCUUCGCCGGCGGGUGACAACACGGAGCAUCUCCAAGCAGUCAAGAUUCUUCCUGUAAAAGACCUCAUCUGGAUCCCCCGGAGAGGAGGGGACAUCAUCGUUAUCGGGCUGGAGAAGGAAUCGGGCACCCAGCGGGGCAGAGUGAUUGCGGUGCUGAAGGCAGGGGAGCUGGCUCCCUACGGGACGCUGGUGGAUGCGGCUCUCGUGGCGAAGGACACGGUUGUGUGCUGCUUUGAGAAUGAACACACGGAGCGGUGCCUGGCUGUCUGGAGGGGCUGGAGUGCCAGAGACUUUGACAUUUUCUACCAGGCCUACGAGGAGCUGGGCAGGCUGGAGACCUGCAUGCGCAAGAGAAGAAUCCUGUGUGAGCAUCGGCAAGGCUGGCCAAGGCCGAACGGGCAGGUUAACCCUCUGGUUCACAUUUCUGUUGCAGGCUGCUAAAAUAUCCUUCUUCAGAAACAGAAUGUAUCUUAAAAUAAACUGAUUCCUCCCCAGGA